AUGCGCUGGACCCAUGAGCAACGUACUUUCUUGUCACAAUACGUGGACGCGUACGAUGCGACAGCCCCGAAUUCGAAUGAGAGCCAACUGGCACCAGUGUACGACACCUGGAAGCGACAGUGGACAUUAAACUCGGAUGUCAAGACGUCAAUGAAAGGAUAUUUUCGUUUCGCUAGAGCAAAGAAGGAGAACCAGAAAUCACACAAGGUCACCAAGGGCAAUCCUUCCGACAUCAUGCUGGCGUCGCUAAGGGAGUACGUCAUCUACGCCGUCCCUCCCGGGUCAUGUACGCGUCGAGGGCAGCAAGGUGGAGAUCAACAGCGACGAGAAUAG